UGGAGCUAACUGUACUUGUACAGUAUAUAACCACAUGACAGAUUCGCAGAGUACACUUUUCAGUGUUUGGACUGGGACUUUCACUUUGCAUCUAUUGAAGACUGCUGCUUCCAGAGAUAACUGCACGCAACAAUGCCUAAGACAGAAGUCAAGCCUUACUGGGAUCUCUCAGUCAAAGUUUUACGUGGGAAUAUCAAAAAAUCAUACGACUACUUAUCUGAAGCUGACUGCUAUGUUAUCUUGAACUUACCCACGGCAUCUGCUCGUACAUAUCGCACCAAGACGAUUGAUAAUAACAACAAUCCUGUAUGGAAUGAAACCUUCCACUUCAGGUUGCAAAGCAAUGUCAAGAAUAUUCUGGAGCUCCAGGUCUAUGACAAUGACCCGUGUAUGAGAGAUGAUCAUAUUGCCACUGUCCUGUUUGACAUUAAUAACCUCACACCAGAAAAGAUGGAGGAAAAAUGUUUCAUUUUAAAUGAUACGACAAAAGAUGAGCUGUGGGUGGAGUUUGAGAUGACACAGAGCUCUGAGGUGCCGAGCCCAUGCGUGUCUAAUGGGGUGUUGGUGGCAGGUCCUUUUUGUGAGCUGACGGUGGGGGUAGACAAGCUUCUUAAGAACUCUGGAGCGAUACGUAAUAUGGUGUUGAACCUGAAAGGGGCAUAUAAAGAGGAUCAUGUCAUCUCACAAGAGAACAAUCAGACAUUCUUAGACACAUUAUGUUAUUACAUCAACCGAAACAUGGAAACUGAACUUAAUCUCACCUCUUCUGAGGGAUAUCAAGUUGCAAAUCAAAAGACUCAAGAAACUGGAGCUUCUAUCCCUUUGAAACCACUACCAGCCCAACACCAAAUUACAGUGUCUUUGCCCCUGGGAGAGGAAAAAGUUGACGUGGAGCUGAAAACGGAUGAUCGUGAUACCGAAGAACUCGAUGUACGUUUGGCUUUUAAUAUGUCGAAGGAAGAAAAACAUUUUCUGGCAAAGAGGAGUAAAGUUGUAUCAGAGGCACUUCAGAAAUUUCUAAAUCUCACCACUCCACCUGAUCCCAGCAAGGUUCCAGUGAUAGCUGUGGUGUCUUCAGGAGGUGGGACUCGAGCAAUGACGGGCACCUAUGGAGCUAUUAAAGGGCUGCAGGAGAUCCAACUUCUUGAUGCUGUCAGCUACAUCACAGGGCUUUCUGGCUCCACCUGGACUUUAUCUUCUCUUUACUGCGACCCCAAUUGGUCUAAAAGUGACAUCAAUAUGUUUAUAGAGUCUUCGAAGAAAGAGAUCUCUAAAAGUAAAUUCAGUGUAUUUUCCCGUAAGCAGCGGUCAUACUACAAAAAGAAGAUGGAUGAAAGAGAAAAAGAAGGGCAUACCGUCUCUCUUAUUGAUAUGUGGGGUCUAGCUAUAGAGUAUCUUAUUCAAGGACAGAAACCCUUCGGUACACUGACUGAAAUGCAGAAGGCAGUUUCAGAAGGCCAGAAUCCUUUACCCAUCUUCACAGCUGUUAUUAUGAAGGAUCAGAAUGUACAAUGUACAAAAGAGGCGGCCGAAUGGUGUGAGUUCACUCCAUAUGAAGUUGGCAUUCCUAAGUAUGGUGGGUUUGUACCUGCUCAGAACUUUGGGAGUGAAUAUUAUCUCGGUCACCUGGUCAAGAAACUUCCUGAAACUAGUGUGUCCUAUCUGUUGGGAAUAUGGAGCAGCGUUUUUUCAGCGAAUCUGACAAGUGUCUGGGGUGCCAUCACUGGCGUCGCCCCCUCAUGGAGCCCUGAGACUCCAAAUGAAGCGAGUAAUACAGAGACUGAAAAUAGGACAAAAACACUCGGCACGUCCGUGUUGAGCCCAGUGGGUGACUUUGCAAGUAUGAUAAGCGGUUUUAUGACCAGUCGCCCAAUCAUUAGCCAGAUGUCCAACUUCCUGAGGGGUCUGCAGCUACACAGGGAUUACAACGAGAACUCUGCCUUUGUUGCAUGGAAAGAAAAGCACCCAGAUGCCUUUCCUAACACCCUGACUCCAAUGGAUCCUCAGCUUAGCCUAGUUGAUGGUGGAUUUGCCAUAAAUUCAGGCUAUAUUCCUGUGUUAGGCUCUCAAAGACAUGCAGAUGUUAUUCUGUCUGUAAACUUCUCCUGUGACCCAGACCAGUUAAUGGUCCUGAAGCAAACGUAUGAUUACUGUAUGGAUCGCAAGAUUCCAUUUCCAAAGAUUGAUUUCAAAAAGGUGGAGUCAGAGCCGUUGCAGGAAGUUUAUGUGUUUGAGGAUCAAGAAAAUCCAGAGGCUCCAAUAGUGAUUCACUUUCCCUUUGUCAACAUCACAUACAAACAAUUCAAGGCUCCUGGUGUGAAAAGAGUUGGCGAGAAGGAACUGAAGGAGGGAGAUGUUAAUGUUGACAUCACUGAUGGCUCCUCCCCUUACAUUACUCGCAACCUUACAUACACACCGGAGGACUACGACAAGUUGGUUAACCUCAUUUCCUACAACAUCGUAAACAACAAAGAUGUUAUUUUGGAAACUCUGAACCAAGCGGUUAAGAGGAAAUCCGCAUAAAGAGACAAGUUCAUGUCUGAUAGAUCCCAGUAGAAACAUACAUUUGUGUUCUAUUUCAUCUAUUACAUUAAUUCAUUUAGCAUUAAUUCAAUUAAAUCUUUCAUUUAUUAUAUCAUUUUAUCAUUUACUUUUUUCUUGUAUCAUUCUUUUAUAUUACAUUAAAGGAGCAUUUCACCCGUAGACACAUUAAUCUUUAUUGAAAGUGUGUCAUAUUUGUAGUCAAAAUGUAACAUACAUUUCGAAUUUGGUGCCUAUUUGACAGAGAAAAUGGGUGUUUGUAGUCUCACCCUCUCAACAAAGAUAUUGGACUUCCUGCUUUCAAUGAUGCAAAAUGAUGAUUUUUACAUCAUUAAAAGAAGGAAGUGCAACACUGAAAUCUGUAUUUCUCCUGUCUCAGCGGCAACUGAGGAAAUGAUGCAUGACCAUUCAAAAACAUGAUUGGGGUUCUAACAAUACAAAGCUUAAUGCAAAUGGGUGAAGUGUCCCCUUAAUUGUCAUUUUAUGUAAACCCUAAAAACAAACGGUACUAGCACUAAAAGUGGUUCUUGUGUUCAGUAUGAACCCAGCAGGCACAUGACCGACCUUCAACGUUGAAUUUUGGUUGAAAUAAGGUCAGUUGUUUGUUCAACAUUGAAACAACAAUGGUUCCUCUAUGAUUAUGAGCCAAGAACAACUUUUAGUGUUAUUUAGCACCGUUUGUUUUUAUAGUGUAGUUAUUCUAUUCUACAUUACUUUUUAAAAUUUUGUUUAAUCUUAUGUUGGCACUGUAUUGCCUUUUAAUGCUGAUAUGAGUCUCCAAUGGUCUUGAGAAUGUUCCACUGUCUUUGUUUGUUAUAAUACCUAAAUCUGCUCUUAGUCCGACCAUUGACAAAGUUAGUCAGACCAUCGAGAAAGCAAAUAAGAUUAUCCAAUAAAACCUCUCAAUUUUAUUAUUACAUCA